CUGGAACGAAAGAAAACAAAGAAAUAUAAACAAAUGACGCUUUCACAGUCAAUCACAGAACCGCGUAAAUUGUAUAAACUACACUGAUUUAUUUCGUUCUUUGCCGGUAAAUUUGUAAAAUAUGUUUUCCUAUGAAUUACCCGAUGGAGGUUUACGUGCUCGUUGUUAUAUAAAUUCCGAGGGCGACAUCAAGUUUGAUCCUCCUGUGUACGAGCAACGGUAUACUACAGCAGUGCGCAUACUGGAAGACUCACGGUGGGGACACAAAUUUAAAAAAGUUGUGGACUUCGGUUGUGCCGAUAUGCGAUUGUUAUCGCUCCUGCGACGCGUUGAAGGCAUUGAGCAGAUAUUAGAG